AUGGAUCCUAUUCACAAAAAGGUCCUUGCAAGCAAGACUUCUGAAAUAAUGAAGAGGAUUUCAAAUCCAGUGAUUUUAUCUGCACAUCUUGAAACAAUAUUUACUACUGGAGACUUGGAGGAAAUCGAGUUGAAAACUUCACAACGUGGGGCUACCACUGGAACACAAACCAUGCUCAGUUUACUGGAAAAGAGAGGACCUAAGGCUUUUACCCUUUUUAUACAUGCCUUACUAGAUCCUGCCAUUAGCUGUGCUGAUUUGGCAGAUGAUUUGGAGCAAGAAGAAAGAAAACUACGAGGGGAAGCAGGUGAGUUCUUCAUCCUUUGGAAAAUUACUGCAGUAAUUGCUAAUGAGCAGCCUCACAAAGAUGCAAGGCUGCUAGGCUGCGAGGCGGCAGCCUAAUAGAGCUAUGCGUGAUUGUUCCUGGGACAGAAAAAAUCUUGAAUCGAUGUAACAUAGAGUAAUGUAAGGUAACCAUGACGUAAUGCAGAAGAGAGAAUGCAUUGUUUUCGAGAGAACACGUGAUACAGAUUAGAGAAUCCACGAGCUAUGUGCCUGUUUGUGAGUCCCGUCACUACUAGGGCUAUGUGUGUGAAAACCAUGUGAAAAGGGUGUGAAAAGUGUGUGAAAAAAAGGAACCAUGUGAAAUCAAUGUUGGGUUUUUAUGUUCAAGUGGUGUAGUCGUAAAGUGUACGUACACUUGAAAAACUGUACGCACACUUUAAAACAUAUACAUGUGAACAAUUUUUGUCAUAUGUGUGAACUUUUUCCCCAUGCAGUUUAUUACAUGUGAAAUCUUUUCACGCAUGUGAAACAAUUUUGUCAUGCAUGUGAAUUUCAAAUUUCACAUGCAUAAUAGAUGCUAUGUAUGUGAAAUUUUUCACAUGCAUGUGAACACUUUUAGGCAUGUCAGAGUGAGCAUGUGAAUUUUUUUCAGGGCUUGUUAAAUACAACCACUAUGAACCAUAUUUUUAUCAAAAUGCCAUGAAUUUCUAGCGAAUACCCCAUGAAAGUCAUUUCAUGACCCAUGAAAACUAAAAAAUUAAAUUUCAUGCCUUUAUUUCUGGCCAUGAAUUUUCUAUGAAAGGUGCUCCUUGGUCUCAUGGGCCAUUGAUAAUCCAAGAAACACACCACAUCUAGCAUUCUAUGGCUCAUGGCUGAUAAAUAUCAAACUAAGUUGACUAUGAGGGUCAUGAAUUUUUGAAGAAUAAGAAUUGAUAAGUUGUUAACCUAGAAAAUUCGCCAUACUAUAAUGAAUCAGACCUUUAAGGCAAGUGAUCACAACAAAUGUGCUGUUACAAAUCAUCAUCACAUCACCAAUAAAGGCGAACCCCAAUAUACCAAAGUGCCAAGCCCCAGAGAAGCCCUCUUGUAAAGCAGCAGACUGGAAUUAAUGUUCAAAGCUCUUUUCAUGAUCUAGCUUGCAACCAGAUCUCUCAGACAAUAACUGUAUUAAUUAUUAGUAAAUACACAAGCCGGCGACCAGAGUUCUGCCGGCUACUCAACUGUAUAUCACCGGCUACGCUGGUCAUAACAAUUUGCUCGUGACAAACAAUCUCGAUUGUGACAGCUGCCUGCUUUUCCAGAGUUGGCGCCUACUUCAAAACAUUUUGAAACCCCUGAAUGCACUGUACAUUCUUCAUUAGAUUUGGCUUGAUUAAAAUCUAUCGAGUUUCCAAUCCAAAUGUGCACCUUUACAAAUAUAAUUAUUGUCUUCAUUGUUUGCUAGAGUAUGCUACAUAAAUUUAUGUAUUUUAUCAACUGUCUCAUCUAAAUAUGUGGGUUGUGUAUCUUACCGCUUGGUUUCCACCCAGAAAGAUGUGUACCAAGAUUUUUGUUGAGUGGGGAGGGCUAAAUCCUGAGAAUUAAACCAUUCUUUCAACAGAUCUUCAUUGAGGACAAAGCGGACUUAAUUUUAUUACUCCAUCAAAAAACUAACUUUGCUAAUAUAUACGACAUAGGUAACUACACUUUAUGAAUGUUUUGUUUCUUACUGUAACGUUCCUCGUUGUAUAGUUGAAAGUCCACUUGAACAUGCGAACAGUUCCUUGCAUUGCUUUGCAUGUCGUUCGUUCAACGAAUGAUUCCUUGAAGCUAAUAACUGGCAUGCUCUUGAUUUGCUUAAGUUGUCUUUGGUUCAAUCAGCUUUCCGUACCUGAACUUGUCCAACAUGAACAACGUCCACAACACGUACAACUUUGAUUCAUGUAGUGAAGUCCAGCAUUUCCUUAAAUCCUCAACGGUUUCCCAACUUGAAAAAACAAUGUUAAGUUUUUUUCUUGCUUCUAACACUUCAAAUGCGCUGGAAUAUUCUAAUCAAUGCUGAAAAUAACCGCUUUUUCGACUCAAACGAGUGCACUUUCUCCAUCGCAAGAUUAGCCGCCAUGUUUGUUGUUUCCCAGGCUUCCCUGUGAUUUUAGCACAUGCGCGAUUUGAUUUACGAUGUCACGUGGGGCUUUUGAACCAAUAGAAGAUUGUAAAAUGAAGUUCAAAUUCACGCGGACUUCACAAGCAACACAGCUUUGCAAACAGAAUAGUUUCGUUACUUUCGGAUAAAUAGAAAGACUGUCUUUCAAUAAUGCGCAUGUGAUUUUCGAGAGAAAGUGAUCAAUUGCGAAAUUCUUCACAUAAAGCAUGUUUCCAAGUCAGCAACUCACCUGGAUUAUUGCACGAAGGUAUGUUCUUCUUGUUAUCGUGGUUCGUUAACAUAAGCUUACUUUGGUUUUCCAAUAACUUUACGAAGCUUAAACCUUCAAAGAUACAUCUUAAAUUUAAGAUGCAUGUACAGAUAUGCCAUUGAUUGAUUCCUUUUUGUUUACUGCAGAAAAAACUGUACUCUUUGUUGCAAAUCGUCAAUGGAAUACUCUAAAAAUUUUAUGUUCUGGCGCUAGUAGGCUGUGGCAGACUUGUCAAGACCAAUGUUAAAUAAAAUAGGAGAAGAAAUAGCAUAAGUUUCCGAUAUGCAUGCAAUGUCUACUACAAGUUGGAAGCAAUUAAGUUUCCAGUUAAUUUAUAAUGACUUCAGAGUUGCCUAUAAAAUUUGAGUAGGUUUGUUUAUUUGAGCUUCGAUUCAUAAUAUUCAUACGUCUGCAAUAAGGUAAAAAAUAAAAGGCACCUCUAUCUAGUCUGAUGUGUGGACUUUCAGUUCAGAAAGCUGUUCAGCGACUUGUAAAGAAGCAGUCAUUUAGCAUUAUUUUUUUUUCCAUAUACAUGCUAGUAUUAUUCAAAGAUGCUUAUUUACUUUGUCUUUUCACUGACAUUGAGUGCUAGAUUGCUUUUCUGUAACUUAGUAUAUACAUUUGUAUGCCUUAAUAAGUGGAAAUUGCAAAUUGGCCCACCAUGUCAUUUACUAUCAUAAUUAUUACAAUUUAUAAGAAAUAUUUCUAACCAAAAAUUAGUAUAUUAUUAGUUAUUUUAUUGAUGUAGAAAUUAAAGGUAUAAAAAGUGAGCAUGAUAUUAAAAAGUUUUGUUGUAAUUGUCUGUUGCGUAGUUGGUUUGUUUACACUCGCAGGGUAGUGAAAUUCCAUAGCCAUUGAUGAUCUCGGAUCACUGAGGAUUUACGUGUGAAAGCUCAUGUGAAACCCCAUGUGAAGUGUAUGUGAAAUAAUGUGUGAAUUACUGGAUGUUUUGCCAUUCAGUGAGGAUUAAUUACAUGUGAAAGCCUAUGUGAAACCCCAUGUGAAGUGUAUGAAAAUAUGUGUGAAUUUAAAUGAGGAUUGACACGUGAAAGCCUGUGUGAAACCCCAUGUGAAGUGUAUGUGAAAAUGUGUGUGAAAGGGUUGACAUCAUUUCACACCCUUUUCACAUAUAUUUCACUAUGCAAAAUUUCACAUGCAUGUGAAAAAUGUGUGUGAAAUGCAUGUGAAAAGUGUGUGAAAAACGUGUGAAAAACAUGUGAAAUGAGUGUGAAAAUAGGACAUUUUUCACACGUUUUUCACAUGGUGUUUCACAUACAUACUCCUAGUAGUGNAUUGACACGUGAAAGCCUGUGUGAAACCCCAUGUGAAGUGUAUGUGAAAAUGUGUGUGAAAGGGUUGACAUCAUUUCACACCCUUUUCACAUAUAUUUCACUAUGCAAAAUUUCACAUGCAUGUGAAAAAUGUGUGUGAAAUGCAUGUGAAAAGUGUGUGAAAAACGUGUGAAAAACAUGUGAAAUGAGUGUGAAAAUAGGACAUUUUUCACACGUUUUUCACAUGGUGUUUCACAUACAUACUCCUAGUAGUGCGUGUUCAUCCCGUCUUCAACCAAUCCUUGGGUGGAUCAUUUCCAUCCUAUGCAAUAUCUGUCGCAUUUGCCCCCUGGAAUUUUUUAUUGCAUGCUGCUAAGAAAAAUAAUAACGUCGCGAAAUUUUUUGUGUCUUUGAAGCAAACUAAUUCGUAAGGCUUCAUUGGGGCACCAUAAAUUUUUUUGCUUAAAAAAGAGACCAAAAUAAUUAAUAUAAGUCUGUGCGUUGAAUAUUCGCAGACAUUAAUAUGAUUUUUUGAGGAUUUUAAGUUUGCUUAUAAGUUCACUAAAUUUUACGUAAAAUGACUUGGACAAAAAUACAAACUUCAAAAUCUCGAAAAAUUUGCUAUGUAAAGUCGGGAUUUCAAAUUCUUUAUGCAGUAGAGCAGUUUCGUUUACUAUUUUCAAGGGACAACUUAAAGUAAAGGGCAUACAUACACCAAACCCAUGAUCCACCUUCCCCGUGCAUGUCAUGGGAGAACUGUUGUGUGGUUCCCAGCCAACAGCUCCCCCAUGUGUUGGCACUUGAAGGACUCCCCUCGGCAGGAAAGGGUCUUUUAUAAAUGGGUUUGCCUGUUUCACUGACCGUCGGCUAUGCCAUGCUGAUGACCCCCAGUAAGGCGAAACAGCUGUCCAUGGCUCCCACUGCCUGUGUGAUAUGGCUGUGGACAUGUGUAAGGUAAUGACCAGGCCGUGGGUUGGUGUAUGUUUGCCCCUUGCUUUAAUUUACUGGUAACUCAUUAUCCACCUUCCCUGCGCACGUCGUGGUAGAACUGCUGUGCGGUUCCCACAUGUGUUGUGUGGAGCUGGCGCUUGAUAGACUGCUUUGCACUCACCUCAACAGUAAGGGGUUUUUUGACGCAGGUUUUCCCCGUUCAUUAACUCAGUGCCUUUGCCACGCUGGUGAGCCCCAACAUGGGCGAAACAGCUGUCUGUGGCUGCCACUGCCCCUGUGAUAUGGCUGUGCCCAUGCGUGAGGUACUGGCUCGGCUGUGAGCUAGUGUGUGUGUGCCCCUUGCUUUAAGUUUGCAUUAUUUUCGAGGUAAUUUUCGCUAAUGCAAUCAAAUUAAGUUCAAGCUAUUUUUCAUCAAUUACUGUAUGUUAUGGCAUUUCUAUACAAAUUCAACAGCGCGCGUGUAUAGGUAGAAUCUUUUCUUGUUGGCACUUAGUGAUAGCUAUAACUAGUUAAAAUAAGAUUGUAAGCCACUGCAUUGUAGUGCUGCUAAAUACUCUUCUUGAGGCUUAUAGAUUGAAUAAGCUGGUAUGUCAGCUUGUAUCUUCAAUCAGUUGUUUUCACUAUAAAAAAUGUAGCACAAAAGUGGGUUGCUUCUUGAGCUUUUUUUUGGGUGUUUUUAGUUUGUGCUUCAUAAAGUUGAUACAGCCAUGUAAAAGUAACCUGAGAUCAGGCCCAAUUAUAGCAAGUUUCAUUCUCUCUUUUUACGUGCCGCACGUCAGGACAUUUACUUACCAAGCAAAAUGAAAAUAGAGCCUGAUCUCAGGUUACGCAAAAACUUAGGUGAGGUCAACUAUAAGGAAGGUUGCGAAGAGAAGAACGCAGAAAACGUUAGUUUGCCCAGCUGUAUAUCUUACUUAACGAUUACAAACAAAAAACACACCAAAAAACAACCUGCACUUUUUGUAUGAUAAUGAAAAUGAGUAACAAAAAAUAUCAUCUAGCUAGCUACAAUAUCCUGGACAAAAGUCCUUGGGACAGUACUGCAAUAUUCAUAUUUUUCUGUCAUUUCUCCAAUCGGUUCCCUCUUAAAACAGUGCAUCCUUUACGAAAUUCUCUUGUAGUUCUCCCUCCCCGCAGCAUCCCAUAUGCAUGCCCUCAUUCAUUUUGUAGUUAUUGAUUUUAUUACAUGUGUAUUAAUUUUUUUUGAAUGGUUGUAAGUCCCAUGAUGGGGCCACCAAGUUCAUGCAAAAACCCCAAAAUUCAUCCUUGUUCUCAAGGUUCUCGUCCUCUCUUUCUUCCCUCCUUCCUCCCCUCCCAAAAUCUGUGAGAUUUGCCAUAGAGUGGUGAAAGCAUCGCACUUGUCCUUUCUGAUUAUUUUUGGAAUUUGUGGAAUUUUUGCAAAAUUAUGUGCAUGCACAAUUUAGAAAGAAUAAGGUAUUGAUGUGUGUUGUAUUUAUUGAAACAUCUAUUUGGUCUAAUAAGAGCUGAGUAUACCAUAUUAUGCAUUUAUGCAGAGUUUUAUAUAGAGAAUAUUACACGGUGGCGAGAAGAUAUGAAUUUUAUGUUCGAGUGGCAAGAACAAUAUCUCACGAGUGAGCGCAGCGAACGAGUGAGAUAUUGCUCUUGCCACGAGAACAUAAAAUUCAUACUGAUGACGGCGUUUUUGAUGAUUUUCCGAAGAUUUCCGACCACCUUCCGAAGAUUUCCGAAGAUUUUUCAAAUUGUCCCGAAGACCAGACGAACGUUCCCGAACAUUUUCCGAGAAUUUCCGAAAAUAUCCGAAGAUGUCUGAAGAUUUCCGAAGAUUGCCGAGCACUUUCGAGGAAGACCCGAAGAUGUUUCGAUGAUACACCAACGAAUUUAAGUACAAUUUAAGAGACAAACCUGAUGACAUUGAAAUUAUCGAUAUCUUCACAUGUGAGAAUAUCAUAUCUUCACAUGUGAGGAUAUCGUAUCGUUUUUAUCAAUUUGUUACCACUCGGUAUACCACUGACUUUUAUGUAAUAAAACAACAUAUUAAAUGAAAGAAGAAAUUGUGAAGCAUUUAAUGUGUUGAGACAAGCAACUUAAAUUUGUUAUAAGUAUUGCUAAAGUUGCGUGUAUAUGUUGUGGUUCAAUUUUAUCCCUGGUUUAAAUUUUAUUCCCCAUUGUUUUAAGCUCAUUAUCAUACAUUACCAUACCCCAAAACAAAGGGAAAUAAAAUUUAAGCCACGGAUGAAAUUGAACCACAACAUAUAUACAUGUAAGUAUUAUAAUUAUUAGAUGAUUGUUCUACAAAUGAUGACUUUCUUGAAAAUAUUUUAUUCUUGGAGGUCAAAAUUUGUUGACGACAACAGCUCUGUUCAAUUUAGUACAUUUCACCAUUGGUUGUGCUUUGCAAACUAAUAAUACAUCAUAUGCCGUACAUGUACACUGUUACAUACCUCUCUAGGGCUCUUCUGUUAACUCCUGUUGUCAAAUUUUAAUACAAGUUUGAUUUAAAUUGAUUAAACAGGGGCUUUAAUAAGAGAAGCGACCAGUGCUCCAGCAUCACCUUACCAAUGGCCAGACAUUUAUGAUUCUGCAGGAACUUUUAACUUUGAACAAAAGGAAGUUACCCGAGGUAAGCCCAUUGAUUAUAUUAAGAAAUCUGUGCUCUUUCUUUGCCCUGAAUGCACUACAAAUUAAUGUUACUGGGAAACGAAACUUUUGUCUUCCAAUCAGAUGCUUUAGGUCAGGUCCAAAAUCCUUGACCAAAAUGCAUGUCUAGUCCAGGUGCCUUAUCCAAUCUGGGACUUUUUCCAUCGUGAUGUCACUUAUUCUACAAGGUUAUGGGCAUAACAGACUGUACUGCAAUGUUGAUUUCCUCUUUUUGUCAACUCAUUUAGGACCAAUCUGCUUGCGAAUCUUCAUGUCAACAUUCGUCCAAAUUACUUCUGUUUAAGGGAGCUUCCUAGGUUCAAGUUUGGUCAGUCACUCAGCAUACAUGUAAGGUGUCAUCCUUAAUUGGUGUACUGCCCCUUGUUGGUAAUGGUUGAACUAGCCAAAGCGAUAGCACCAUUUCCAGGCUUCUACAUGAAGCCCAGUUUGCAUCCAUAAUGCCACUUUGACACAGCACCAAGCCUGUGUGCUGCGCUUGUUGUGGUCAGUGUUUCAAGCCAUUUUUGGCCAUGGGUGGGGCUGUCAGACUCCAUGGUAUCGGUAUUAUCAUGCCUCUCCCUUUGGGCCUUUUCCCAGUGUUUUCUUGUUUAUCUCUUAGCAUGUGUAAUAUCAAAGUGCCUUUUUGUCAUCUGGGCUGAGCAGCCUUAUGCGAUAAUUUAAGUAUGGAACACAAGGCUGAAGAGCCUCUAGUUUAGUGUGUGGACCAUAUAGAUUGAGCUUUAUCAUAUUCAGGGUUUAUGGUGUAAAAACCACUAUUUUUAUAACAACUAUUGUAUCAUUAAACAUGAUUAAACAACCAUGACCUUCAAUAGCAAAUCAUUGCUCUGUCAUUCUUAAUCUCAUCACAAGAAAUUUGUAAUCAAGUGACCACGGCAUUGCUGUUUUUGCAUAAAUAAUUGCAUACUCAUGUUCUUUGUUUGAUAAAGCUGUGUCCAGAUUGAAGCCUAUUGUGUGCAUUACUGAUUGAAGAAAAGAAACAGUUGCACAUUAUAUAACAAACCUCUAUUUAAUAAGUCCUUUGUAACAAUAUGCUUCAUCUUAGCAAUAGUAUGCAAUGGAAAGAACCUUGAUAACCUCAUUAUAGCGAACAUAUUUGUUAACCAGCCUGCUGGCCCUUCAUUAUAUCAAGGUUCCACUGUGAUGUUUUUGUCAAGUCUAGAACGCCUACUCAUGCAUCGUUUUUAUCUUUUAUGUAUUUUUCAGAUAUUAAAACUGAAAAAGUACUUUUAUUCGGGCUUACAUGUGUAAGUUUUAGUAAUUAAUUGGUUUGUUUGAUUAAAUUUAGGUUCUCUUGUUAAGGACAUGCCUUUUACACUACGCACAAAGAUUGAAUGGAUGAUGAACAUCAAUAACCAAAAUGACCAUAACUGGAGGGGUCUGGCUGCAGCCAUGAGUUUGUCAGUUGAUGAGGUUCGACAAAUGGAAGAAGGAAAAAAUGGGAAAAUGAAAGGACUCUUUUAUAACAUGAUACACACCAAAAAAACCAUUAAAGAUUUGCUUGACUUGCUGAAACAUCCUGCUGUUCAGAGACUGGAUGUCAUAGAUGAAAUUGUAGAAGGUUGUGGUCUUCCAAAAGAAGUGUCAGAAAAUGAAAGCUCUGAACUCGAUGAAACAGGUUUGUUUGUUUGUUUGUUUGUCUUACGUACUAAAGCUGUUUAUGAGCUACUUUUUAUCUCAUGAAUGCCCGAAUUUUCACUGUGGUUGAGAUAUGCAAAUGAGUCACUCACAUAGGGCUCGCUCUGAAGUUGACCAAUAUGAAAACGACAUAUUGUCGAGAGAGGGAGACAUAAUUAUUGUGGAGAGGGAGGGAAUUCAAGAAUGAGGAGGGAAAAUAAUAACAUGGUGGAAGAGGGAAUAAAAACAUUGAGGAGGGAAAAUGAUAAAAUUGUGGAGGAGGGAAAAAAAAUUUGAGGAGGGAAAUUAAUGAAUUGUGGAGGAGGAGGAAAAUGAAAAGGGAGAUGGGUAGGUAACGAAUUGUCUUUCGUGCUAAAAAGAGCUAGUUUGCCUUUGCGCUCAUUAAUAUGCACGGUUUGCGCGCCAAAAAUCAGUGAACCGGAACUAGGACAAUCACAGCAGCAGGAAGUAGGACUUGCAUAAUUACGUUGCGUCUCAGUGAUUUUAAGUCACAGACAAGUUUGACUUUACGCCUCAAACACUAUGAAUUAACCAAUGAAACCGUUUCUUAUUUUCUAGCUAACCAAUCGAAAACGAAGACGUUUAUCGACCUUAAAGCAACUGGAAAACCUAAAACAACUAAAAAUAGCACGACCUUAUCUUUACAAGGUUCCUGCGCAUUUUAUUCAUGAGAUAAAGACAAAAGGUUAUGACGUCAUUGGCGUUAAUUUAUUCCACUUCAAACUAAUGAGAUUCCACUUUAAAAACCAGGAGUAACCGGUGCGCCCUAUACUACUGGUCAAAGAUUGUUCGAAAAAUGGGGCCAGUAGAAGAGCGAGAAGGGGGUCUCGUUCCAUUUUUUGCGCGGCCAAAACCGAUCCUUUCCCUCGUUGUUCCUCGGUCUUUCUUUGCUCCGAAACCACGCGGAAACGCUUGCCACGCAGGCUACAAUCAGGACAAAAGUAGUUGACACACUUGUUUAAAACGGGUGCUUUUAUCAAACAUUUAAUUCAUUUAUUACUUCAUUCCUUUCAAACGCCGUAAAUCCCCUCACCCCCCAAAUCAAUGUUGUCUGAAGUAAAGAAAGACUUGAGGGUGCAAAAAUACAACAUUGAUUUUGGGGGGAAGGGGUUGGGGUAGACAGGGGAAGAGGAUAGGUAUGUCCACUAUGCAAAAACGGGCCAUUUUACGGAAGUGUCUCAACACUUUUUUCCCUCAUUGUAGCUCAUAUUCAAUAACCCUCAUUUUGGCCUGCGCCUUUCCACUUGUUUACUUAAACUUAGCAUGUAUCUCGAAUAGCUCUCGGUAGUCUUUCCGCUUGAAGUAAAUUGCAUCCUUUCAUAGCCGGUAAUCUUGGAAACUUAUCAAGGCGUUGAAGUGUAUACUAUAUACGUAGCCUUCAGUAUCUUCCAUUAGUAGUGUAUAUAAAAAUGAAGCACAAAAGUCGGUUGCUUCUCGAGUAGGUCUAGUGGCCUGGGUAACAUGUAGUUAGUGGCUUUUUUUAAUUUAGAAAAUGAAAUUGUGAAUACUCGAAGCGUGUGUUGACAGGCACAUCAUCAUUUCAACAGAGAACAAAUGUUUCAUUUUACUUCAUGAAUUCUUUUCUUAAAACAAUACUUUCACGAGUUUCCCAGGUUUUACUUUGAUUUGUGUACGUAUAACAUUUCCACAAACUUUUUACUUGCCUUUGAAUGGGAGCAAUUGUCAUAGUGACAAAUAUGAUUGAUGGAUCCUAAAAUAAUUGAUAUCUUGCCAGACCUUUUUGUAUGCCUAGUAGAGACAAGCAAGUCAACAGUAAGCAGCAUAGCAAUGCAUGAAAAGCGCAAUGUUGCUUUGCUAAGGUGGCUUGAUCCGUUUUUUUUAGUGAUAAUACCUAUAACUCUCUCAAACAUGAACUGGAAAGAUGCCUUAAACGAAACAGGAAAUCUAACUGUACCUACAGUACCUGUAGGGCAUAAAUAAGAGUUUCAGAACAGUCAUUCUUUAUCGGCUAUCACCUGUUGAACCUGCUUAUAGGACUUGAAGUUCAUAUAGUUUUCUUGAGUUGAACCAGUUUUAAGCAAUUUUGUUGUAGCAUUUCCGAGAAGUCUGAAAUUUAUGGCUGCUGCAGAAAAAGAAUCAUAAACCACGGGUUUUGCGUUCAAGAAACUCUGUCCUUAGGAAGUAAACUUUUUCAAAUUGUUCGUAGAGUUUUCAGUGAUAAUAAUAAUGAAUAAUAAUAAUAAUGAUAAUUAUUAUUAUUAUUAUUAAUUAUUAUAAUUAAUAAUAGUAAUAAUAAUAUUAAUAUAAUAAUAAUAAUAAUAAUAAUAAUAAUAAUUAUUAUUAUUAUUAUCAUAUUAACGUAGCGCUGUACAAUUUCUACCAUAAAGUAACUAAAGGAUAUGGUUAUAGAUAUAUGAAAUAAAUGUGUGAAGAUUUCAUAUUUACUAAUGUGAUAUAGGAAAUCUCUGAGCUCUGAGGCCUUCUUAAAAGUAAUGGUUGAGUGCGCAGCACGAAGUUAUUACUUUUAAGAGUGCUGAGGUGCGAGGGCACUAUCCGAUUUAAUGCACCUUUCCAUUGUUUUAGAAUUAGCACGUCAUUAUUGUGGCCAUCGAAGUGAAACAGUACGUUAUUAUUGGUAAUAAUGACUUCCCGUUCCACCUCACUGAUCUGCUCUUCCAUUUAUUGAAAAUUAUAAUAUAUGUUCAGACACAAUGGAAAGUUGCAUUAAAUCUAUGUAUUUAGUAAAUAAGUAAGAAGACAAACAAAAAGGAAUGGCUAAAUAAAAGAGUUUCCACUCUGCUCUUAAAAGUACUAUAUUAAAACAUGCGUAGGUUAUUAUAAUGUGAUCAUGCAAUUACUGAAAAAAGCACGCUUUCCAUGGGAUUCAAGAUUGUACUUCAGGACCACUAUCAGUUCUUUAUUAGCAGAGAGUAGCUUUCUGUUGGUCCCCUCCCCAUAAAGCAUAAAGUAUCCGUAAAAUGUUUAGGUUGAAGUUCAUACAAAAGGUUUGAAUGCCGAAAUUAAAAUCAGUUAGAGAAAACCCGCCAGCAACAAAUUAAUCCAAAUCUUGGCUCGUAUCAACAAGAGCUGAGUUACAGUGUACUUGACUUAAAUUCAGUAUGUUGCACACCAAAAUGUCUUUCAAAUUACCUGAAAAUUAGAGGUCAUAUAAAUUACAACAUAAACUAAGGUCAGCGGUGUUUCACGGUAAUCCAUCAGGGGGGAAUGUGAAAAUGGUAAUGGUAUCACCGUGUUGCCAUGGAUAUGCCAAUCUCAAAAAUGCUGACUUUUUUAACACUCUAAUUUAUACCCUAAAAGUAGGUACAGUUAGAUUCCCCACUUUGUAAUCUUAUUCCAGAAUGCAAUCAGUCGAACGCGCUCUUAUAUCUAAGGGCGUGUUCGAUUGACCGCCGCAUUCCGGAAUACCAAUAAGUGGAAUAAACUCUCGGCGUUCAUUGCAUUGGAAUUUCUAGAAAUCUGCUUGAAACAAAUAUUCCGCCCUAUGUAGUGUUUAAUUGGCCAAAUUACGGCACAAGAGAUUUGCCAAAAAAAUCUCUGCAUAUUCUUAUUCUGGAAAACGAUCAAUCGAAAGCACUCUAAAUUGAUCUGAAGAAUCAUCCCUAUCUUUGUCUCUCUAUUUCUCGGGAUACGACCAGCUAUUCAUUCAGCAUGGAAAACAUUUGACCACUUCAUCCCAAUACACGUCUAUUAUAGGCGUCUUGUUGCUUGUACAUAUAUUCUCAGUUGUCUUAUUAAUUUGUGCUAAAGGAUAGUAAUGUCAGUGUCUUAUAAAUCAACAAAAACGUGAAAACUCCGUAAAUAAUUUGACACACCAAAUUUCGUUAUAAUGUAAUAACAAUCUUCACCAAUUUCCAGUAUCAAUCGAUAAAAUCUCUUGAUCGAUACCCAUUUUAUCGAUUGAUUAUGUUGGGGGUUUUGAUGCAUGCAAAACUGUAACAUCAUCAUGAACAAUAGGCUCCCAUGGUCUAGAAUCGAGACGGAUGGUUGAUGUCGUUGCCAGGUAGCCGGGGAUUAUGAAGCUGCUUCUUUUAUACAGCCAGUCCCAUAAUCUAGCCAUAAAAAAAAAAAAAAUUAUACCAGACCAGUUUCCAGGCACAACAAAUAUCUUGCUGAAUUCUUGCUCAUGCGUUGUUCAAAUUGUGACGCUUGUGCCAGGGUCAGUGAUAAUUGUUUGGCUCAGUGUCGCUCGUUUGUCAGGCCAGAAUCGCGUAUUUGUCUUGCCCGGAAUUUUUAUGCGGAAUUAGUAAGGCAAAAAGGAGGAAAGAAAGCAGUAGAUUAAAGGUAAAUGAGCUGUAUCCGCCGGGACUACGAACUGCCGACCGGGUAUAAAAUGCCCUGUGUAUAAAACACGGACUAGAAGCUGCGCUCUGUUCGACUUUUUUGUUUUGCUGUCCAAUUUUAUCAAUUUGUCAAAUUGUACUUCCCUUUAGAUCCAGAGCUGAAAAGAAAGCUUCAAUUUGAUGGAUGCUUCUUGCAUCCUGAGAAGUAUGAUCCGGUGAAGUUCCUAGGAUCUGGAGGAUUUGCUAAGGUACUUUAGGUUUACUAACUGAAAUAUUUUGUGCCUAUCGGUAGUAGCUCAUCAUCUGACCCAUGUGCACCCAAACUAAACUCUACAAAGGUACGUACAUGUACAGUAGAGUGAGUGAUCUGAGGAGGGCCACAGGACUGUUGUAGGAACUUAGUGCUUUAGGAAAUUUGCUGGGCGGCCAACAAGUGGACAAGCAAAAAGUUAUCUUGUCAACUUAUCCCAGCUGUGAAGUUGACUCACGAGAUUUACAACGUCCAUGAUUGUUAAGUACUGUGAAAAAAACGAGCAGAAGCGUAUUAUCAGGUAUAAAAGCUUUAGACGGAGCCGAGAGUUUUUAAACCUGAUAAUACACGAGUGUGAGUUUUUUGAACGGCUUCAAAAUCUCUGAUAAAGAUCAACUCAUUUUUGCACUAAUAUUUAGACUUGGGGUUAUUUUCCUUUAAAAAUGGGACGUAAAGUUUAGUGGUGUCUCUAUUAGAUAUAAAGACACUCAUUAAACAUUAAUUUCUUUUUUUUUUUAUGAAUUAUUAAUGAGUUUUGAAUAAAGUUACUGUUUCAUCUACAAUGAAUUUAAUUUAAGGUGUUUCGAUACACGAUUUUUUUCACUCGCCUUAAGAUCGCUAUAAAAUGUUCACCACUAACUGACACUGGAUUGAAGUAUGUCAAAAUGUAGUUUUAAGUAAAAUCGAUAUCAAUAAACAAAAAAUUGAAAGCCGAAUUUUGCGCAAUCUAGACCUGCAACUGAAAAUCCGACAGCAGGAACUUGAAGUGUGGUGUUUAGCAAAUAACCUCCUAGCUUACAUUAUUUAUCAAAAUAUUCAGUCCCAUAAAAAAAAAACGUAUGCACAUUUCAUUCGACAAGAACUCGAACACAGAAUUUUAUACAGAUGAUAUACUGAGCAGUUUAAACUCCAUUUUACAGAUAUGCACAAGAGUAAAAUAGAAUACUAAGAGGUAUGAUAAUUAAAGGGAAUAAAAUGUCAUUUUAACAAACUUUACCCGUUUCAAGCUUAAAAUGUCUACUUCCUCUUUUGGCUUCGUCGCUUUUUUCCUUUCUUCUGUUAAGUACGAUCAACUUUUCCCACAUUUUCGGUGUUUGCAACAGAUAUCCCUUUGGCUUACUGGUAAAGUUUAAGCUUUGGAAUCUUACUAUUUUUGAGAUUUCUAUCGUUUUCCAACGACUCAGCGGCAAAUUAACUCUGUUUGUUUUUGUUUUUGCAAAGAAGUUGACCCGCAUUAGGCUUGCAAUCGUGCUCGUCCCAGGGCCGUCGGGGAAUACGAAACUUGCCCACGACUAUUGAAAAUAUAAGGUUUGAAAUAUAUUUACGUGUUAUUUUGACAAACUUCAGUCCAGGGCGGAUAAAGGUUGGGCGGUGAAACGAGCGCGUCCGAGCAAAAAGGUGUGAUGCAGUGGACUGGGACUCUGCUUAGAAAUGUCGCUUGUUUUCGACUUCGGUCAGGGCUUGCGAUAUGAUGUGGUUUGUACAUUAGACACUGCCGCUGUCACUGAAUUAUUGUGGCUUGAAUUGUUUUCUUGCACUUCUUCCUCGUUCCUUUGUGCUGGUACGCUGUCUCCGAGAGGCAAAUGUUGCUAUUGUUGCGGGAGGUUUAGUUGGAGUAGACAAACAUCUCUUUCAAAGGGUUUCUCUUAUUACUUCCAUGACUCUACCGCUGAAUUAUAUUUUCGUUCUGCUACUCGCCAAUGUCGAUGCUAUUCCAAAACAAAAACAACUAAGUACUGUCUAAAACACGACGGAAAAUCUCAUCCAUGUCAUCCAUGGCAAAACUAAAAGAUAGCAGAUCGUGUUUCAUAACUAGAUGAUUUGUAUUUUAUAAAUGCGUGCAGCUUGUGCAAGGUGAAAUUAUGCUAAUUUCAAUCACCAUCAUCCUCGAAAACAUCUCAGACGUCUUUUUGUUUCUACGAAACUUCAAAAUUAGUUUUCCCUCAGUUUUUUCUGUUUACCUUGUUUUGUUUUAGAGAGAAAAACGGAGAAAAAACCUUACAACUAACCUCAAUAAAUUUUGUUUACAUGCGGUUGCCGGAUUUACAACGCAUGGUGCGAAUCGCCAUGGCGCUUUGCACCCGAGCACCAAAGUUUGAAGAAGUACAACGCCACUAUAUCAAUAUAUAUCAAUCUAAUUUUUUGUUAUGUUAUACAAAAUUUAUCCUCCUUUAACAUAUGUAAAAAUUGAGGUUAAGAAGUGUUAAGCUUUUGCAAACGAAACGGCGGAAGACGAUUAGGUGAUAUUUAGUGGAAGGAGGAGGUAUUCGACACUUUCAAAUUAAACUCAAAUUUUGGCAUUAUACGACCAACAAGUUUGACUUGUAGACGUACAGACACAAACAUAUGAAACUGUUUAUUAAUAUUGUUAUGAAACGAAUUAUCUAUUUAACACUGUAGCAUGAAAUUACAGAAAGAAAAUAGGAUUUCCGGUUUGCAAAAAGGAAAAUUUCGCCGGCAUUGAAGCGCACCGGAAGCGCGGAAAGAGCGCUCGUGCCAGUCCUACUUCGCAUCACAUGCACAUUAAAUGAAGAGCGGAGCGCUCGUUUCACCGCCCAACCUUUAUCCGCCCUGCUUCAGUCCAAUGUCAAUCAGUGGUGAAAAUUUCAUAGCGAUCGGACAAGGAUAAAAUCACUUUUAAGGCGAUUAAAAAAUAAGGUUAUGGUCACCGAAAAACUGCGUCGAAACACCUUAAUUUAACACAUCAUUCCAAGGUUGUCGUUUUUAAGUUACCAAUGAAUUGAAAGGGGCUAAGUAUGCAAAAAAUCUAAGUUAUAUGCACAAAGAUAGAAAUAUCUGCAAGGAAGAGUUUAGCUGGAAAAUUUUAAAUCGACGUCUUCUUGAAGAAGUUCUGUUCCCAGGCCCAGAACAGGUAAUUCAAGGCCAUGUCACUUGUCAGAAUUGACCUUAACAGGGCCUCGAUAUCACAUGGCGACGCAGAGAUAUGAAAUAUGUCUCUUCCAGAUUUGAAAAAUAUUUUACAAGUGAGCACAGUGAACAAGUUAGUUAUUAAUAUUUUUCAGCACGUGGAGAGAAAUAAUUUUUUGUAUCUCCAAGAGGCCAUGUAUUGUUGUAUUUUUUAUAUAAACACCAAUGAAAUACCAAACUACUUCACUUUACAGUAGAACCUCGAUAUAACGAACUGCCAAGGGACUGGCAAAAUAUGUUCCCUAUAACGAGGUUUCGUUAUAUCGAGGUUCUUUUUCAUAUAUUUGACUAUUACUGAUCAUGAUUACUGGGAUGAAGAAUAUCAUUCGUUAUACCAAGGACUUCGUUAUACAGAGGUUCGUUAUAUCGAGGUUCCACUGUCAUAUUUUUUGCUUCGAAAGGUGCAAUUUAUUUUUUAGCCAUUGCAACGGUGAUCUUUGUGCACAUGUGAAGAUAACAUGUUAUAAUAUUUUUACAUGUGAAGAUAUCAUGUUUUUGUGUGAAAGCUCACCUGGCAUUUCAUUGGUGUAUUUAAAUAAAAUGAUAUUUUUUUUUUAGUCUUUUUUUUUUUCUGAAACACUGAAAUAUUUCGGGCCAAAGUGGUGGCUCACUUCCAUGAUCAGAAUACCCCAGGGAAACUUUUAGACUUUCACCUAAUCAGCCCUUGAUUUAUUUCUUAUUUGACAAGUCUAGGAAUUUACUUAGUCUCCAAUUUACAAUGCAUCAUAGAUUAACAAAACAACUUAAAGUUUUAAUUUAGAGGCUCUGUAAGGCCCCGAACUAGGAACUAGGCUAGUUUUCAUUAGUUAUGAAAUUUCAUAAGGAUUAUGCGAUCCAGUGCAAUUUUGGAUCAUAAUUAGUAGGGGGAGGGAUGUCUACAGGAACACUUCCAGGAAAAAUUAAUGUGAUUCUUCAUUUGAAGUCUCUGGACACAGUUAAGUACAAUGAAAAUUUCACUUCUGAUUAACAAUAUUUGUGAAGUUCCCUUAAAGUUAAAGUUUGGUUAACUCUUAGAAUUUUAAGGGAAAACUGAGGCUUGAUAUUCUCAUAACAGGUCUAUCUUGUGAUUGAAAAACGAACAGGCAGGAAAAUGGCUUCUAAAAUGUUUGAUCUGGGGGCAAAUACAAGUAACACACAACAGGUAAAAAGUUAUAACUACAAUUUGUAG